AGGAAUAGCUAUCACUUUCCUUAAUCAUGGAUCCUCACCCACAGGUGGAUUUUGCCACUGUCAAAAAGCGCAUUCGAGCUGUUACAACCAUGCUACGAAACAUGGGCCGUCAUAGUCUGCCAUCGGUGGAUCCUAAACAUGUCCCUUCCCUCUUACGCCACUUUGCCAAUAUUAUCACCCACGAUGACAUUUCCAGCUCUAAAGAAAAGAAAGCUAUUUCAGUGACAGGUGCCAUUUUUCAUGAUGGGGUGAACAUGAAGCUCCAGGCAUUAAUAGUCACCCAAAAUCUCUACUCCUCUUCUCCCUUGUCCAAGUUAAAGUUAGAAGAAGUGACUAAAUCUCACAAAUUGUUUCAAGAAGUUGUCAACAAUAGAAAUGGUGAUGUAUCCCUCAAAGAACAUGUCUCAGAUGUUUGGACGGCCUUGGUAUCCUUCGAGGAUGACCAAGACUCAGCCAACCUCUUUGUGUUAUGUAGAUUCAUUAAGCCAUGGGACGUCCAUGUGGCCCAAAAGUUAUGUGAUUGGAUGCCGGAGGCCAAUGAACUCUCAGACACUCACUGGUUUGAUGCACCCACAUGGUUUGGCCUGAUUUCCAUACCACCUGACAGCUUCACUCAGAAAGGCCUCAGGACGCAUAAGCAAGGUCCGACAGACAAGCAGGUCAUGCAGCUGGAAUUCUCAAGCAAGACUGUACAAUUUUGGGCUUGGCUGCUUGGCCGCCUCAUCAUGCUACUCGAAUCUGAAGCUGCAGAAGCCCAGAGGAUGAAGGAGAAGGAGAACAUGCUUGUAUUCAAGGAUGCAGCCGACAUUGUAAAGACCCUCUUGACAAAGACUACACUGGCCUCGACAUUUGGCAAGCUGCCUCCCAAUUUGGAAGAGCAAGUGGUUUCUCAUUCAUGUUGCCGCCAAACCAAUUAUUUGAACAUAGAUGUGUAUGAUUGGAACAAGUCUGAUGAUUUAUCACCACAACCUAGUGAAUCUGUUGGACAGCGUGUCUUAUGGCACUUGAAGGCCAUCGCUGCAUGGCAUACUGCCAUAGGAACACUUUGUUCGCCCAAAAAUUCCCAGUUUACUCAUGGCAAACUUACCCUUGGUUUGCUUGAUGUUCCACAUUGUGGCUUUGAAAUUGCCACCUUGGAUGAUAUCUACGAAGAAUACUUCAAGAGGUAUGAAUCGGACUCAGAGGCUCACAAAGCUGUGGUCAAAUCUUUUAUGAAAACCUAUCUUCCACAAGCCUUCCACGGCACCAUCCAUGCAGAGGCUACAUUGAUGAGCCUUGUCUCAUAUUUCUUGGCUUCUAACCGCUGCCAUGCUGCUCACAACAUCCCUCUUCCUGAUGAACAUGUCAUGGCUCUGCGUAACUUGCUCGAACUGGCAAGUCUUUGCUCUACAUUUUCGAGUCGCAUGAUCUGA